CUGAAUGCUCUUUAUUUUAGCUGAAGAGCUUAAGCUAGGCGACCUUGCGGUUAGCCCAAGUGAUGAAGGACUCUAAGAUCCGUCAGGGUUGCCCCAAGUGAUGAAGGACUAGCAGGUAAUGGGUUAGGAUUAAGAUCCGUCAGGGUUGCCCCAAGUGAUGAAGGACUAGCAGGUAAUGGGUUAGGAUUAAGAUCCGUCAGGGUUUGGGGCAACGGAUUACGGUGAGAGACCAUCACCUCUUAUAGGAGAUUGAAUUCUAGCCCUCUAAUUUUAAAACCACUUGUGAAUACAAAAGAAUGUGUUAAUUAAGGUUAAAUUCCAUUGAUAGUCAAACAAUCCGUAAACAAAGCCGUUAAUUCACCAAAACACACACGGUGGCUAUUAUUGCAUGCUUAAAAUUAUCUUUCAAAAGCCUCCCAUUCUUUCAUUUUCUCCUCUUUUACUUCCCUCCACCCUGCAAGCAAAUUCAAGAACAACAAUGGAUCCAAAGUGCUAUACUCAAACGCCUCUCGUCAUCUUAUUCUUCUUCCUUUUCGGCUUCAACUCCGUGCAAGCCGUAUGCAAGCCCCGGGACUUGAAACUGAGGUACCUAACCGUUCUCUCUUCAGCACCUAGUUCUCCUAACUCGCAGGCGUCUGUGCCUCCUAGUGAGCCACCUGCGGGUAAAGUCUUCCCUUCAUCGCGGCCAGCAGGCCCUCCACCAACCCGUAGCCCUACUUCGGCCCCAACUCCGGCCCCAAACCCUCCUUCACAGCCUCCACAAGCAUCACCUCCUGCUGGCAAUUCUAUUUCUCCAUCUUCCUCCUCAUCCUUUUUUCGCCGUCCUUUUGACAGAUCGCGUGGAAACCUCUUUCUGCAGCCUUUUGUUCCUAACACAGCCUCAUCAUCAACCCCACCUAACCCGGCAAUCCAAGAAAUAUGCAAAAACACAGACUACCCUGAUCUUUGCAUCUCAUCCCUGACCCCUUUCCAACCACCCAAGGUUGACCCCAUAUCCGCGCUUGAGAUGGCAAUCAAGGCUUGCACCGCACACGCCCAGAUGUCUCUAGCCGCAGCCUCAAAACUUGUGACGACGCCUAACACUGCACGUGGCACGGUCGCUGCACUAAGUGAUUGCAAGGAAAUGUACUCUGAUGCCUUGGACGGCCUUCAGAGCGCCAUUGAUGCAAUCCAGAGCCGCGACAUGGGCACAAUUAAUAGCAUGCUUAGCGGGGUGGUGACCGAUGCUGUGACGUGUGGGGAUGGGUUUGAAGGACAGCAAUCUCCGCUUGGUGAUUACGAUGACAAGCUUCAUAAAAUGGCCAGCAAUGGCCUUGCCAUUGCUUCUUUGAUCAAGGGAUGAUCAUGAUCUAUAUAUACCUUCAGUUCCUUCCAUUUUGUUUUGUGAUGUUUCUUGUUGUGCACGAAAAACAUCACAUAGCUAGCAAAUUGAGAAGAGUAGAGAUUUAGGAAUAUAUAAAUUAAAGAAAGUUUACAUUUUUAUUUUUGUACCAUAGCUUGUAUAUCUUUUGUCUUUAUUCCUUG